UUAAGAACAGCUGUUCGCUCUCUUCCCGACCAUCUCAGACUCCGAUCAUGGAAGGGAAAUGUCAAAAUUCCGAUGUCGACGCAAAAUGCUUGCUGGCGCAGUUGAGUACCGCGAGAAAAGAGAUAAACAAUUUAAGGCAACAGAUACGUAAUCUCCGUUACGUCCAUGAUAAAGACGUCGAGAGCAUCAAACGCCUCGUCGGAUCACGCACAGCAGAGAAAAAGGCGUUCAUGUCAAAUCCAGACAUUUCAAAAACACUCCUGCCAAGCACGAGCAACGAAGUAGACGAGAGUCUCAAGUUGAAGCCCAUUGGAGUCGUGUCAACAUGGUUUCCAAACAAACGAGGAACCCCUCGACAACCUGGAAUAUGCGACAAAGCACCAGGAAAAUUAACACUCUUCAAUUCUAUCUUUACCAAUCCUGAACAUGCCUUAGACGGCCUUAAAGACUUCUCACAUAUGUGGAUACUCUUCCACUUUCAUAGGAACGAGUCAACUCAUGUACGUGCUAAAGUAGCACCACCUAGACUGAAUGGAAUUCGAACCGGAGUGUUUUCAACCAGAUCACCGCAUCGACCUUGUCCGAUAGGCCUGAGCCUUGUUAAAAUCAUAAAAAUAGUGAAUUGCACUAUUCUCUUUGAGGGCGUAGAUAUGGUAGACCAAACCCCAGUGUUGGACAUCAAACCUUAUAUACCGCAGUACGACAACCCGUUGUAUGUUGAAAAGUACAGCAGUAGAGAAUUGGAGGGAAGUGGUUUGCCAGAUAGAGAAUCACGGGGUAAUAUUGAUGAAAGGACAAAUCUGAACUUUGAUUCAAGUGAACGAUUGAGCGUGCAAAGUCUUGUCGCAUCUGAACCGAGCAAUGGCAUGAGAACUACGUUACACGAAUCGUAUUAUACUAGUACUGACGGUGCAGCUCAUGGCAUAGAUAUUUCUAGAGAUGAGGAAAUCGCCCUCAGAUUACAGGCGGAAGAGUUUGACGGACACUCGGAAUUUAGCAACUAUUUAGAAGCUAGAAACUGUCACCGACCAGUUGAUAGGAAUUUAGAUAUUGUUACAGGAUUUGAUAAUAGUAGAAGCGUCACACUUGGUACCGGCAACUUGGAUGGGAACAGAGAGAUGUCUAACGGGUUAAAUACGGACCUGGGUUCAUUUGACGAACGAGAAUUAUUAAGUCCAGAAAUUUCUCUACAAAAUACUGUAGACUCUAUGCAAAAUUCUACACAUACUUCCCGGAAUGGUGGAAUCAUGCCCAGAGCUUUAGAAUUGCACAAUGAAAAUACAGUGUAUAAUAUACAACAUAUUGACCUCAAUCCUCAAGCUAAUAGAACAAUGUCGUUCAAUUCGAGAAAUGUGGAGGUCAACAAUCCCAGUGAUCAAAUAUCAAGAAAUACUAGGCUGCUAGACGGUGCGGAUGGAAUAAGUACUGACUUAGAUUUAAUUGACCUGCGUGCAGCGAAUUCGAGGCUUGAUAAUUCUCCGAUUCGAAUGGGUAUUCGAGAAGCGCCUGAUGGGGAGGAAGGUUUCACGUCGCAAACUUUGUCAAAUAUACAAGGUGUAGCAGGAUCCGCAGUUUCUCAGAAUGUUGGAAAUGGUCAGAACAUCAGAAUCGAAAGUAGAGGCCACAUGAACUUGGGGCAGGAAGAAAAUUCUUCUAAUGUAAGGAUACCAGAUUGGAUAUCGAGACCGUGUGUAUCGGCGUUAACUGUAACAUUUAAUGAACGAGCUUUAGUACAGUUGAACGAAAUUCUAGGAGACAAAGCAGACCAGCAAAAACAUGCUAUAGAAAAUGUUUUAUGUCAAGACCCUAGAUCGGUUUACUUGAGGCAACGGUGGGCCAAUCAGUUUUACACGUUUUUAAUUCACGAAUUACAUAUCAGUUGUAGAUUUGACGAUAACAGACAUAUUGUUACAGUUUUUCAAAUCCGUCAUGCUGGCAGGAUGUGCGAAUGUGGAGAGCCAGAGUGGCAGUGUUUAGGGCAUUCCCCCCUUACGUAAUAGCUUUUAUAUUUAUGAUGCACAGUUUGUAACGUUUGUGCUGCUCUUUAGUUUUAGCUAUGAAUACACAAGCCCUGCUAAUGUUGAAUAGUGAAUGUAUCGCUGUGUGCGGGCAUUGUAGUCCAAUUUGAAAAUUAUUGUACUUGAUGUACUAGAACGUCAAAAAAAAAAUACCGUAACAUUCACAGCUGUCCAUUAUAACGAAAGAAAUCAAUCAAAUAUCAGUUUGAAUUAACGCCAUGAGUUUUUUCACGAAAGAAAUAUGCUAUAAUGAAUCGGAUAUAUGCGGUGAUUUGUUUAAUGAAGAAAUAAGUGUGCUUAGAAUUGCAGUCGUAGAUCAAAUUCUACUUUGCACGCAGAAUAAGUCCCGAAUAUAUUAAACAACUUGAAUUUUCUAUCAAUAGAUUAUAUGUUGUUUUAUUAUGUGUUACCAGGAAAAUAUGAAAAAUAUUUUCCUUCUAUGAUGUUACUUACAUACAGGGGACUGCAUUUUAAUAUUACGUUUUUGUAUUUCAUCAAAGUUUACGUUAAAAAAGUACUCGUUCGAUAGUUCGAGGUGAUAUUAUGUCAAUUUUCAGUCAAAUUCUAUCAUGAUUUUUUUAAGUGUAACCUAUUACCUUCAAAAUUUUAUUUUAUAUAUGAAACCCUGGUAUAUAUACGUAUAUUAUCUAUUAUAUUAUACAGGCAACUAUGAAGUAAUUUCUGCAAUUAAUUACGAGCCAAAGUUCCUAUAGGUUUACUUUAAUGUGUUUGCACGUUAUUCUUUUGUAUCUACUUAAUCAGUAGAUAAGAUAAUCUUAAAGUUUAGUAAUAAUGCACAGGUCGCAACGUUGAAAAAAGUGGCAAAAAUGUUUUCCGUAAUGAAUAUAUGAUUAAUGCACGUCUAAAAAUAAUCUCAAAUGAUCAAUAGUUUAAUAUAGUAAUAUCAAGCUUUUGUAGAAAACGUUAAUCCGUUUUUAACAAUGCGCCAAACAAAUGGCUUCAGAAAUAAAUAACAU